CACGGAACCUAGGAGACACUCUACGUUGCCUUCCUAGUCACGUUGUCAGGCGCAUCCACUCCGACGUCCUUUCUUUGAUUCGCGAACGAAUUUUCCGACAGCAAUAACUUCUGCCGCGUUAAGUUUGAGGGUCAGGAUGUCGGCGCUCGGCAAUUGGACGUUCACGCCACUCGUCACGUCGUUCCCGUCGACGGUGCUCCCGAACUUAGGCUUCUGGAACGCCUCCAAUGGCACGUGGGAAUAUCAGAUCGAAGUCGCCUGGCCAUUGAACUGGACUUCGAGAGAGGACAGUGCCAUUGUUGAGACGUUAUACGUCCUCGAUGGAAAUGCGCAAGGAAACAUUGCCGCACAGGCAGUACGUAACCGGAGACCUGUGGAAUUCGCGAUGCCGGAUACUAUCGUCGUCAGCCUAGGAUACCCGGAUCUCAUUCCAGAUUCACCCUACAGCACAGGCCGAUACCACGACUAUCAGCCCCCAGUCUGCGCAACCUGCCCUUUGCCUGAUCAGCCUGGGGUCCCUUCCAACGCAGACAAUUUUCUGGCGUGGAUCGAUGAGAUCCUCAAGCCUUGGGUCCGCAACGAGCUCUUCCCCAACACCGAGUUCUCCCGCGAUGCGCUGCAUGGGCACUCCAUGGCUGGCCUUUUUGCGACGUACGCGCUCAUCGCCCGUCCUGAUCUCUUCGAUACCUUUCUCAUCGCAUCGCCGGCUCUGUACUGGAACAACAAUUACAUCUUCAGCCAGCUAAGCCCUCUGAAAGAAUCAUUGCGCACGAACGGAACUAAGCCAGCUGUUGCACUUAGCUACGGCGGCCGGGAGCAAAACCCUGUAAAGAGGCGAGUCGAAACAGAAGAGGAGUUCGAGGUCAGGAAGUCAUUCCUCGCGUUCUCGAACAUGACCAGCAAUGUCAACGCGCUGUAUAAUGAGAUCAAAAAUAGCACGCAGUUGAGGGACGUCGAGCUGCAUGAGUAUCCGUUCAGCGACCACUCGGCGGUGGGGAUCGUGUCGAUUGCUGAUGGGCUCGAUUACUUCUUGGAUUGGGCGCCGAGGAUUGCUUUUCAGAAUCUUACGGUUUAGUCGUUGGAUGAAGAGUAUGGAUAUGGAUGGCUAAAGUCACCGUGAGCGAUCUCGCAAAGUCUCAACCUUAUCUCCUUCACCAGUCUUGAAAAUGUCAAGUUGUUCGGUCAGGUCACUUCCAGAGUGAUUUUGGCGCAAGACUGCCACGGAAAACGCAGCCGUCUCACAUGCACGACAGCGCGAAAAUUGAACACGCAACAGCACCAUCCUACCUACCCAUUAAACAAUAGCCUCACUCAAUACAUCAUUCUGUGU